AGAGCAGGGUCUCUAGCAGGGUGACAGAACAACAGGACACAGCCAGUUAGCUCAUCACCAGCAGGGACUCACAGGGAAACAGAGACUAAGCAGGAUGACCAUGCGUGGAACGGUGACGGGCUGUGUGGUGCUGGUGUGUCUGGUGGCCAUGCUGCAUGAACGGGCAGAGGGACACUUCUCCUUCUUCAGCCCCAAAGAGAUGAGGGAGAUGAAGGCCCUACAGGAUAAGAUGGGGAGGAAGGACAUGGAGCCUCGGUCAGAGGAUGGACAGUUUCAGGAUGUCACCAUCCAACAUCUUCCUGAGGGCGAUGGUGGAACUCCUGGGAAGGCAGUGGAGAUAAGUGUUCGACUAACAGCCAAACAGCUGGAGCAUGUGGCCCCCGUGCUGGAAGACAUCAUCCAUGAAAUGGUGGAGCAGGCAGAGAAGAAAGCCAAAUGAGGAGACAUAAGACCACAGGAAAAAUCAAAGUUUGCCUUGCUUGCUAAGUCAACCGGCGUUUUUCUCUAAGCUCCUGGUUUUCCCCCAGUCUCUCGUUUUCUCGGCGUCCUGGUUCUGACCCUUGCCUGUCCUGACUCUGAGCCUGCCUGCCUGCUUGACCACUCUGCCUGCCCCUGACCUCGAGCCUGAUUGCUGCGCUGUACCGUUUUGGACUGUGCCCUGGCUAUGAACUAUUGCCUGUCCCCGACCUGCCUUUUGCCUAUCCCUUGGACUAUAAUAAAUAUCAAAGCUCAAA